AUCUUCCAACCUUGCCUCUGUACCAAGCUUUCAUGAGGACCAUCUAGCCUCUAUAUUGAAUCCUGCCAGCCGGCCACAGAUCUGUUCCGAGCUCAGAACCACACGGACGACCCUGUCCAUGAAAAGCUUGUGCCGUGUCGACACCACAGCUAUCGCCCGUGCAAAUUUUUCAGGGUCGCUGAGAUUUAUUACCACGUUACAGCCCGUGCCCAUUGAAUCAACAUCCAAAUGUACCACACUGAUCUUCAUGCAAAGUGCUGAAUGAUCUGACUAUUACAUUGUGCAGUCGCAUCUGAGCUAGCACGCCAUAAUCAGAACGACAGUGCAAAAUUGCUGGUUUGCAAUUUAAUGGGUUAACGGCCCGGAACACACACCAUGCAUGUCUGCUGAAAUCAUUGAAGAACCCGGAGCGCAAGGCAUCUCGAUCAUAUAUCCACUGCGCUUGCUGCCAGCCCUCUUCGUUCACCAUCCUGCUAUCCACUUACUGAAAAUCUUUUCAUCCAAGAACCCAGAAGCGGAAUGGUGGCUCCAAGGUUCAGGCCGAUCGAGGAGUGCGCCGCGGAAGGGCGGUCGCAGCAGGCUGUCGCCGCCGACCUCGACGGCACGCUCCUGCUGUCCCGGAGCGCGUUCCCCUACUACCUCCUCAUCGCGCUCGAGGCCGGCGGCGUGCUCCGCGCGCUCGCCCUCCUCCUGUCCGUGCCGUUCGUGUACCUCACCUACGUCUCCGUGUCCGAGCCGCUGGCCGUGCGCACGUUCGUGUACAUCGCCGUGGCCGGCCUGAGGGUGAGGGACAUCGAGGCGGUGGCCCGGUCGGUGCUCCCGAGGUUCUACGCCGGCGACGUGCAUCCGGAGGGGUGGCGGGUGUUCCGCUCCUUCGGCAGGAGGUGCAUCGUCACCGCGAGCCCCCGGGUGAUGGUGGAGCCGUUCGCCAGGGCGUUCCUCGGCGCCGACAGGGUCAUCGGGACGGAGCUGGAGGUGGACAGGUCUGGGAGGGCGACGGGCUUCGUCGCGCAGCCCGGCGUGCUCGUCAGCGAGCACAAGAAGCAGGCGGUGCUGAGGGAGUUCGGCGACGCGCUGCCGGACGUCGGCAUGGGGGACAGGGAGAGUGACUUCGACUUCAUGUCCGUCUGCAAGGAAGCGUACAUGGUGACUCGGAGCAAGUACAGCGCGCUGGAGCAGAACCAACUGCAGAGCCCCGUCAUCCUCCACGACGGCCGCCUCGUCCAGCGCCCGACCGACAUCAACGCGCUGCUCACCUUCCUGUGGCUUCCGAUCGGCUUCGUCCUCGCGAUCCUCCGCGUGCACGUCAAGCCGCUCCUCCCUGACCCCGUCGCCUUCUACGCCUACAAGCUCAUGGGCGUCAAGCUCGCCGUGCGUGGCCACCCGCCGCCGCCGCCCACGAAGGGCCGACCGGGGGUCCUCUUCGCUUGCAACCACCGCACCGCGCUCGACCCGACCAUGGUCUCUGUCGCGCUGGGCCGCAAGGUGACGUGCGUCACGCAUGACAGCGCCUCCAUUAGCCUGACGGAGCACGCGUUGCCGGUCAAGGCCGUGCCGCUGUCCGGGGAGCGCGACCGGGACGCGGCCCGCAUUCGUCGGCUGCUCGAAGAGGGCGACGUCGUCGUCUUCCCCGAGGGCACGGCCUGCCGCGAGCCGUUACUGCUGCGGUUCGGCGCGCUCUUCGCGGAGCUCGCGGACCGCAUCGUGCCCGUGGCUAUCGCCACCAAAGAGAGCAUGUUCCACGGCUCGACGGUCCGCGGGUUGAAGACCAUGGACCCUUACUUCUUCUUCAUGAACCCGCGCCCGACGUACGAGAUCACGUUCCUCGACCAGCUGCCGAGGGAGCUCACCUGCGACGGUGGCAAGUCGCCCAUCGCGGUGGCGAGGUACGUCCAGAAGGUACUGGCCGGGGAGCUUGGGUUUGAGUGCACGAGGGAGAAGUGCGGGAUCGUCGCCGGCGCCGACACCCGCGUGCCGUCAAGGGAUGAAGGGCCUGGAAAAGCCAGCGAUGUGACCACCUGAGCCCCGGGGCAUGGACGCAUUCUCAAUUUCGUAAGUGUUAGUAAUGUUCAUUCAUUGUUUCCCAUUGUUGUUAUGUGUUCAAUAUCUUCAUUAUGUACGGUAAACAGGAACCGAAGUACGGAAGCUCAAGCUAGCAUGGUGCGUUGACUUGUGCUAGAUGUCUUGCUAGUUGCUACUUCUACACUUGUGAAAUUAUUUAGGAUAUCGUGUGGCUAUUUCGAUGUCAACGUACUGAACGCUGAUCUUUUA